UGGUUGGGGGGGCGCAAGAUGGCGGCGGGCGACGCGGUUGGGAGGUACCGCAGCACUGUGGGCAGGAGCAAGGACCCCUCGGGGCUGCUCAUCUCGGUUAUCAGGACUUUAUCCACCAGCGAUGACGUGGAGGACCGGGAGAACGAGAAGGGGCGGCUGGAGGAGGCGUACGAGAAGUGCGACCGCGACCUGGACGAGCUGAUCGUGCAGCACUACACGGAGCUGACCACGGCCAUCCGCACCUACCAGAGCAUCACCGAGCGCAUCACCAACUCCCGCAACAAGAUCAAGCAGGUGAAGGAGAACCUGCUGUCCUGCAAGAUGCUGCUGCACUGCAAACGGGACGAGCUGCGCAAGCUGUGGAUCGAGGGCAUCGAGCACAAGCACGUCCUGAACCUGCUGGAUGAGAUUGAGAACAUCAAGCAGGUCCCUCAGAAGCUGGAGCAGUGCAUGGCCAGCAAGCGCUACCUCAACGCCACCGACAUGCUGGUGUCAGCAGUGGAUUCCCUGGAGGGUCCCCUCCUGCAGGUGGAGGGGCUGAGCGACCUGAGGCUGGAGCUGCACAGCAAGAAGAUGAACCUGCACCUGGUGCUGAUCGACGAGCUGCACCGGCACCUCUACAUCAGAUCCACCAACCGCGUGGGGCAGCGUGGCAGGGACAGAGCCCGCCUCGGGUCCCUUGUGAAGGACUCCUCUCCUGUGCCUCUGAUGGAUGUCACUAAUUUAUCUACACCUCGGAAAUUCCUUGAGACUUCCCAGUUCACUACUCCUGGGAGCUCCAGCAUGCGAGACUCCAGCCUUCUGGAAAUCAAAGAGGACACAGAGCUGGAUCCAGAGGAGAACAGUGCUGCCUUCAUGGGAAUCCUCAUCAAGGGGCUGGCCAAGCUGAAGAAAAUCCCAGAAACAGUGAAAGCCAUCCAGGAUCGCUUGGAACAGGAGCUCAAGCAGAUUGUGAAGCGCUCCACCACUCAGGUGGCUGACAGUGGCUACCAGAGAGGGGAGAACAUCUCCCAGGAAAAUCAGCCUAGGCUGCUGCUGGAGCUGCUGGAGCUGCUCUUUGACAAGUUCAACGCCGUGGCUGCCGCGCACGCCGUGGUGCUGGGCCACCUGCAGCAGACUGUGGCCUCCCCCUGCAGCCAGCACGAUGGGGACAUCAAGCUCUACGACAUGGUGGACGUGUGGGUGAAGAUCCAGGAUGUCCUGCAGAUGCUGCUGACGGAGUACCUGGACAUGAAGAACACGCGCACGGCCUCGGAGCCCUCGGCCCAGCUCAGCUACGCCAGCUCCGGCCGCGAGUUCGCCGCCUUCUUCGCCAAGAAGAAGCCCCAGAGACCCAAGAACCCUCUCUUUAAGUUUGAAUCCUCAUCCCAUGCCAUCAGCAUGAGUGCCUACCUGAGGGAGCAGAGGAGGGAGCUGUACAGCAGGAGUGGGGAGCUGCAAGGAGGACCAGAUGAUAACUUAAUUGAAGGUGGUGGCUCCAAGUUUGUGUGCAAACCAGGAGCCAGGAACAUCACCGUCAUCUUUCACCCCCUGCUCAGGUUCAUCCAGGAGAUCGAGUUGGCCAUGGAGCUGGGCCCAGCCAAGCAGUGCCCUCUGAGGGAGUUCCUCACCAUGUACAUCAAGAACAUCUUCCUCAACCAGGUCCUGGCCGAGAUCAACAAGGAGAUCGAAGGCGUCACCAAGGCCUCGGAUCCCCUCAAGAUCCUGGCCAACGCUGACACCAUGAAGAUCCUGGGAGUGCAGAGGCCUCUGCUGCAGAGCACGGUGAUCGUGGAGAAGACAGUGCAGGACCUGAUGGACCUCAUGCACGACCUGAGCGCCUACUCGGACCAGUUCCUCAGCAUGGUGUGUGUGAAGCUGCAGGAGUACAAGGACACCUGCACCCUGGCCUACAGGGGCAUCGUGCAGUCGGACGAGAAGCUGGUGAUCAGCGCCUCCUGGGCCAAGGAUGAUGAUAUCAGCAGGCUCCUGAAAUCCCUGCCCAACUGGAGCAACAUGGCUCAGCCCAAGCAGCUGAGGCCCAAGAGAGAGGAGGAGGAGGAUUUCAUAAGAGGUGGACACCCAGAGCACACAGGAGGCCCUGGAUGGGAUGGAGAACAUCCCAAAUGUAACUCCUCUCUCUUGGCAGCCACGUCCCCAGGCCAGGAGAGCCACGCCAGCCUGGAGCAGCUCCCUGCAUCCGAGCAGAUCCUGCAGAGCCUGAGCGAGCUGGCCAGGUCCUUCCAGGAGAUGGCUGACCGCUGCCUGCUGGUGCUGCACCUGGAAGUCAGGGUUCACUGUUUCCACUACCUGAUCCCUCUGGCCAAACAAGGGAACUACGCCAUCGUGGCCAACGUGGAGAGCAUGGACUACGACCCGCUGGUGGUGCGGCUCAACAAGGACAUCAGCGCCAUCGAGGAGGCCAUGAGCGCCAGCCUGCAGCAGCACAAGUUCCAGUACAUCUUUGAAGGCUUGGGCCACCUCAUCUCCUGCAUCCUGAUCAACGGCGCGCACUACUUCAGGCGCAUCAGCGAGUCCGGCAUCAAGAAGAUGUGCAGGAACAUCUUCAUCCUGCAGCAGAACCUCACCAACAUCACCAUGUCCCGGGAGGCCGACCUGGACUUCACCAAGCAGUACUACGAGAUGCUCUACAACACAGCAGACGAGCUGCUGAACCUGGUGGUGGACCAGGGCGUGAAGUACACGGAGCUGGAGUACAUCUACGCCCUGAACCUGCUGCACCGCAGCCAGACGGGCGUGGGCGACCAAACCACGCAGAACAUGCGGCUGCAGCGCCUCAAGGAGAUCAUCUGCGAGCAGGCUGCCAUCAAACAGGCCACCAAGGACAAGAAAAUCACCACCGUGUGACCGCCUCUGCCACCCCCUCACCCGCAGCUGACGGGUGGCACCUCUCCAAGUUGUUUUUUUUGUUGUUUUGUUCUGUUUUAAUCUAAGAAAAAGUGGGAAUCUUCUGGGUUUUGUGGUGAGGAGGGGAAUGCUAUUUGAGAUUUGGGGUUGGGGUGGUUUUGGUGUGUAUCCACGUAACGCUUCUUCAAUGUUCUCCCAAAAGUGAUUCCACAGCAGGAGCCCCAGUGGGGUUUGGGGUGGGAUGUUGGGCUUUGCUCUGUUGCUGCUGCUUUGUUUUGGGAUCUAAAGGGAGUUGUGGGGUGGGAAAAGGGAAAAUUGGGUCUUGGAAGUUCAGACCACUCUAAAUAAUCAGCACCCUGCCAGUCAAUCCCAGACCUGUUGAUCACAUCUUGAUGGUCUGGAGAUCUUUUCCGGAGCCUGCUCGGCUCUGCUAUUGCUCUCUCCAGGUUGUACCCACGUGAAGUUUCCCGCUGUUCCCACUGCUAAAAGCUGGGAUUGUUUAUUCCUUCAGGUGGUGAUCAGCCAGCUCUGCACGUGGGAGGUAACACGGGACCAUUUGUUUCCACUUCUCCUCUUUCAUUAUCCCGGAGCCAUCUGGCGCUCCUGCAGCGCCGGGUGGAGGCAGGAGAAAAUUGCCAACAUAAAAUAACAAAAAAAGCUUCCUUCUCUUGUCCUGAAUGUUAUCUUUGAGUUCCCCCCAGCUCCAGAGAUAUUUUGUGGCUGUCACUUGGUGCACUGGAAGGACAGGCAGGGUUGCGUAGCUCAGCACCAAUGAUCAGCAAGGGUAGGAGGGCACCAAAUCCAGGGUCUGAGGCACACCCAGGGCACCAAUUCUGCCCUGCCUUCACCCUCUGAAUUCACCUGGCAAAAGGUUCCUUAUUCCUCCAAAAUCAGAAUCCACUGCACUUGUGUUUGCCAAGAAAAUUGGGGACCCGGCUAGGUUUCCUGUGCUGAGAAAGGUUCUCUCUGAGCUGUAGGUGCUUUGUGUGUCAACCUUGAAAUUGCAGAAUUAAAGGAUGUUUAAAAGCCC